AUGUCAUACAUUUCCUCUAACUUUCGUCGCAUGUCAAUUACGUCUAGAGUUUUAAUAAAUCCUAAAGCAUUUUAUCCUAACCUUUCAAUGUUCCUACGUUACAAAUCAGAUAAUGCAGUUGUUGCCAUUGGAGAUGUUUCAAAACAAGUGAAAGUACCACAAAGAUUUGAGUAUGUGCCUAGAAAAUACUUAUUAAACACAUCUACUCAAGAGGGAAAUAUAUCUACAUUAAAGCAUUUAAAAUGGAUGCUUCAAAAGGAUGUUUUAUCUCAAGAUAUUUUUUUAAUUGGUGGUCCUGGAACCAGACGUAGAAAAUUAGCUCUUUCAUAUCUGGAACUCACAGACCGUGAGGUAGAAUAUAUUGCACUUUCAAGGGAUACAACUGAAGCAGACUUAAAACAACGAAGGGAAAUACAAAGUGGUACUGCUUAUUAUCAUGAUCAAAGUGCUGUGAAGGCUGCAACAAAUGGGAGGGUUCUCAUUAUUGAAGGUGUAGAGAAAGCUGAGAGAAAUGUGCUUCCCAUUUUGAAUAAUUUAUUAGAAAAUCGUGAAAUGCAUUUAGAAGAUGGGAGAUUUCUCAUUCCAGCAGCACGUUAUGAUAAGUUACUCGAGACACACAGUCAGGAGGAAUUAGAUGCAUGGAGGCUUGUUAGAGUCAGUGAAGACUUUAGAGUUAUUGCAUUGGGUAUGCCAUCACCAAGGUAUCCUGGCCAUCCAUUGGAUCCUCCCCUUAGAUCUAGAUUUCAAGCAAGGCAUAUUCCACCUCCAAGUUAUGAAGAACAAUUGGACACGCUGAAACAAUUAGUCACGCGUACAGACUCUGCGAAAUUGAAGCAAUUAUUAUCAUGCGCGCACGCUUUUGUUACACCUGAGGCUGCGUCCUUAGGUCUUCCGGAUUUUCCUUUGGAUAAUCUAUUCGCCGCCGCUAUUAUUAUGGAUAAAUGCCCGUACCUGCCGGUCUUCGAUAUAUUUUACAGGUGUUAUCCCUAUAAGUUGUUUCUGGGGAAAGACGGGCAGAGCUCUGUUGAAAGCAUUCUCGACACCUUUAAUAUUUCCGAAAGAGAGACGAGCGACGAAAAAGUUUCAAAACGUAUAAAUAUAGAUAGCAAAAGUACGGAAAAGAAUUCGUCAGAUAUUAGAAUAAAAUAUAGCGAUGGAGAAACCGAGUUGAAUGUUCCUUGGGGUACGAAACACAUAAGCGACGAUGUAAACGGAAAUAAGUACAUAGAGACGAAUUAUCAAAAUAAUUUAUUGACAAGUAUGCUAGAAUCGCACAUUAUUUCUGACUUCUGUCUAAUCGGCCCAAAAGGCUGCGGAAAGUCCAUCACUGUGCAGACAUUAGCUAAUUUAAUGGGAUAUCAAGUGGAACCUGUAGUAUUAUAUCAGGACAUGACUUCCAGGGACCUAAUACAACAACGAACCACACUGUCAAACGGUGAUACGGUUUGGAAAAAUUCGCCGCUCGUCGACGCAGCUUUGCAAGGAAAAUUGGCUAUACUGGACGGGAUUAAUAGAAUCGAUCCUAGCACUUUGGCAAUUCUACAUAGAUUGGUUCACGAUCGAGAGUUACAAUUGCACGACGGCACAAGGCUCGUAAGGGCGGAUCGUUACGACGAGAUAAAAGAGAAGUACAAUAAAUCUGACGUAGAUCUACAAAUGUCAGGUGUAUUACGUAUUCAUCCAUCCUUUAGAAUAAUAGCUUUGGCGGAAAAACCUAUGCUUAACACAAACUCGAGACAAUGGUUGAAUUCAGAGCUACUCAGUUUGUUCCUGUUUCACGAAAUGAGACCGCUUUCUAAGUCGGAGGAGCUUCAUAUCAUUCGAUCGAAGUACGGAAAGCCCUCCACGGCGUUACUGAAUAUUCUAGAACUAGCUCACGUGCUACGAUCCUCCGGCGAUCCAACUUUACAAUCCUUAGCUGGCUUUUUCAGCACGAGGCAACUUUUAAGGAUAGCAGGAAGGAUGCAGAAAUUCCAAACGGACGACGCUUACAGCGCGGUGCAACGUGCCUGUCUGGCUCGCUUCUUGCCGUCGAUAGCGAAACAAGCGUUGGAAGAUUGUUGCAAUCGUGUCGGUAUCGUUCGAAUGGAAAGUACCGUGGAUGCGAAGAACGUUAAGUGUCACGUUAAAGGGAACACCGUGCAAAUUGGCGACACAGUCGUCGAACGUUACAAUACGACAGCUUUAACGAAAGUACCUGAUGUCCUGUUUUACGACGUUCCGCAGCACGUCGCGCUCUUAGAAAAUUUACUGCAAGACUUUACCUUAAGACAGAAUUUACUGCUGGUCGGGAACCAGGGUGUCGGCAAGAAUAAAAUCGUUGAUCGAUUGUUGCAACUUUUAAAUAGGCCGCGGGAAUAUAUACAGUUACACAGGGACACCACUGUGCAAACUUUGACCCUUCAGCCGAUGGUUAGGGACGGGAAAGUGGUGUACGAAGAUUCACCGCUGGUGCAAGCCGUGAAAUUGGGACACGUGCUUGUCGUUGACGAGGCGGACAAAGCUCCGACUCAUGUCACUUGUAUUUUGAAGACCCUAGUUGAAUCUGGUGAAAUGAUACUAUCAGACGGCAGACGUAUUGUAUCCUCUAGAAGUUUUGAUACAGGGAAUUCUAAUACAAUACUCCUUCAUCCAGACUUUAGAAUGAUAGUUCUGGCAAACAGACCAGGUUUCCCAUUUUUGGGUCACGAUUUCUUUGGAGCAUUGGGUGAUCUUUUCAGCACGCACGCUGUCAAUAAUCCUAGCGUUGAAAAUGAAAUUCAUCUUUUGAAACAAUACGGUCCGGACGUGGAUAGAAAUAUAAUAUUGAAGCUGGUGAACGCUUUUGGUGAAUUGAGAAACAUGGCUGACCAAGGUUUAGUUUCUUAUCCAUAUUCGACACGAGAAGUUGUUAAUAUUGUGAAACAUUUACAGAAAUUUCCUCAAGAAGCGUUGGGUAACGUGGUGCGAAAUGUGUUCGAUUUCGAUCGCUAUAGCGAAGAAACGUUUAAUACUUUGGUAUCUGUUUUACACAAACACGGGAUUCCCAUUGGAACCAGUCCAAAUAAUGUUACACUAGCGAAAUUAAUAUCGUUGCCAGAAAACAGAGUAAGCACUACGUGGAAUUUUUCGAGUAAACAAGAAGUACUGAGUGUGCAAGAGAAAUAUGUUAAAUUCAAAUCACCGAUAAAUUUAACGCAAAAGGCAUUGCCCUUAGAUCGCGUUGAAGCUAGAUCAGCUUUAUUUACCGAAUUACAAAGUUACUGGACGGUACCAAUCAGUAAUGUUGCCGUAGUCGGAGGUCUGUCGGUUAUUAAAGGCACGAAAGGCGAUGGAACGGAUGAUACAAUUAAUAUUCUUGCGAUGAAUCCAUUAAAGAUCUUUAGUAUGAAUCAGGAAUCAGAUAUGAUUGAGGAAACUUCGUUACCCAGUAUAAUGAACUACGAGAGAGGCAGACCUUCGUUCACAAUGGCGACUGAUAAAGAUCAAAAUGUUUUAGUGCACGAAGAAUCUAAUAAUAUUGUAUUACUGCUGAAUUUAAACGAGGGAACUCUUCGAAAAAUAGAAUUGUCAUCCUUCUUUGAUCUUGCAACGGACAAGAUAUCGAAUGCUUUUAGAAACAUGAAUCUUAACUGGAAGAUGAAAUCGGAUUUGUUACAGUCCCAUAAUCAAUUGGUCUUUUACACGUAUAAUUUCAACAAGUUACAAGUGAUCAAUUUACAUUCCAUGUGUUCCUAUAUGAUGACAUUACCGUUUCAAAUAGAAUCGAUUCUGCUUGCAUCAGAAAAGAAGUGGAUGCUUCAAGAUAUGCAAAGGAACAAGUAUGUUCUGAAAAAGUCUACAGACUCAGCUCCUUGUCCAAACAUUUUGCAAGAAGUGGAAGAAACUAGUGAAAGUAAUUUCCAAAUUGGCUCAUUUGUCAGUGGCACUAAUGCUAGUUUGAAUAACAACGUGCUCAGUGCAGCAUUAAAGCAAAAGAUAGAUUCUCCAAACAGGCUGCUAGUGACUGACAAUACCUAUGCUAGUAUUGCUGUUGGAUUCCCUGAUUUAGAUAGCUUUAAUGAACUUCAUUCUUGGCCAAGGCCAGAAAGUAGCAAAAGCUUUACACCUCCUAUUGUUAUGGAGAAUGGGCAAAUCAUUAGAACAAUUGUACCUGAGGAAGUUCCCAAUGACAUUUUUCCAGAGACUGAGAAACAUUCAGGAAUAGCUGGUUACUUAGAAGUUGUUGAUAUUGUCAAUCAUAAACUACGUUAUAUACCCAUACCAGAACCAGUCAAUGUAUCACGCGUAACUCAGGUGUUGUACUCAAACAGAUAUCCCUUGUACGUCUCAUCUAAAUCAAAUCAAGAUCUUGUAACGGUAGAUGCAGGUGGCUGUGUUCGUUUUUGGGAGACGUCGUUAGCGAAUAUCGAGAGAUCCCUCGACGCAUGGCGGAAAAUGGUAGGAAGUGACAACGAGUAUUUGCAAAUCACUAAAGAAAGGUAUUCUGGUUUGGACGUAAGUGGUCCUAAACACGGUAAAGUUGACGAGAAAAAUGAACCGCAUGUUGGAGGCAACACAUGGGCAGGAGGAACUGGAGGGAGAGACACUGCUGGUCUUGGCGGUAAGGGUGGACCUUAUCGUUUAGACGCUGGCCAUACGGUGCAUCAGCUUAGCGACGAGGAGAAGAACGCUAUACCGGAACAUGUAAAGAAAGCGGCGAGAGAAAUGGGUCUUAAAGCGUUUAAGCAGCGCUUACAGGAGAUUAACAUGAGCGAAUACGAUCAUAAACUUUAUUCUCAGUUUAGUGACGCUGUUCAGCUACAGGUUAAAGCGUUGAGGACUAUAAUAGAUAGUCUACAAGCGAAGAGUAAAGAACGUCAGUGGUGCAGGCACCAAACAUCCGGUGAAUUGGACGAUACCAAGUUGAUAGAAGGAUUGACAGGGGAGAAAACGAUUUAUCGUAGAAGAGCAGAGAAAGAACCGGAACUCGGUACUCCGCUGACAAAACCGAAGCGUUUAAAGUUAGUGGUGGAUGUAUCUGGUAGUAUGUAUAGGUUUAACGGACACGACGGACGUCUUGAUCGAGAGAUGGAGGCUUGCAUUAUGGUAAUGGAGGCGUUUAGCGGAUACGAAGGGAAGUUUCAGUAUGAUAUCGUUGGUCAUUCCGGUGAUGACUAUCAUAUUUGCUUUGUGAAGCAUACUCAACCACCGACGGAUAAUAAGCGUAGAUUGGAAGUAAUAAAGACGAUGCAUGCACACUCGCAAUUUUGCAUGUCUGGCGAUAAUACACUGGAGGCAACUCAGCAUGCGAUCACGAGCCUUGCGAAAGAAGACGCCGAUGAGUCUAUCGUCGUUGUACUAUCCGAUGCCAAUUUCGAGCGUUACGGUAUUCGUCCAGAGAACUUUGCGAAAAUUCUUACGUCGAAUCCUAACGUGAAUGCCUACGCCAUAUUUAUUGGGUCUUUAGGCAAUCAAGCGUUUAUUUUGAGCCAGAAGAUUACCGGGGGACGAGCGUUUGUUUGUAUGGAUCUCAAGGACAUACCUCGAAUUUUGCAACAAAUAUUUUCUGCUUCUUUGUUGAGCACUACACAGUCCAGUUGA